CGGCAAUGGGUUGCGGUCCUAGAGCCCCGGAGCGCCCGUGAGGAGGCGAGGGGAGGCCUGACGAGGGCUACAGCCACCCUGGGAAUGUGCUGAAACAACAUUCCCCGCAAGGAUGUUUGCAAAAGCAACAAAGAAUUUUGUGAGGGAGGUGGACUGUGGAGGAGACUUGAUCCCUGUGUCACGACUGAAUGACCUGGAUAAAUUCCAGCUCCUGAGCUUGGUGACCAAGAAGAAGAAAACCUGGUGUUGGCAGAAGCCAAAGUACCACCUCUUGUCAGUCACGCUGAAUGAUGUGCUUGCUGAAGGCAGUUCCAUAAAACCAGUUAUUGUGGAAUCUGAUUUUGUGAAAUAUGAAGGGAAGUUUGAAGACUAUGUCAGUGGAAGCAUUGAAACAUCUCUUGGAAAGAUCACUCUUGGAGCCGGUGGAAAAGGCAUUGUGGCUAGCCAUUCAUCUUUUGGAAACCUAAAAAAGCAGGAAGCUGAUCUGCAGAAACUUAGGAAAGAUAUCCAGGGAAGGACAAUAAAUCUACACAAUACAUUGCUGCAACAAAUGCUUGAAAGAAAGCAUGAAGUUCUUUGUAUCCUUACAGAAAGAAUAGUAACAACUCAGAAAUGUUUAAUAUCUGAACACAUUCAGACAGAAGAAAAAGUGGCCAGUAUGGUGGGGUUACGUACAAAGGUCAUAAAGGUAUCAGUGAGUGAAAAUGGGAAUGUAAUGAAGGAUUCCAAUGUGAUCUUGGAGAUCCCAGCUCCCACAGCUAUUGCUUACGGUGUAAUAGAAUUGUAUAUAAAGCAUGACGGACAAUUUGAAUUCUGCCUGCUGGAUGAACAACAAGGUGGUUUCGAAAGAGAGAGCACAGAAGUGCCGUCUUAUCCUUACUCUGCAAUCUUCAGAGAUGCUCUCUUCCUUCAUCAGCCGGAUGCUGUGGACCACGAGAAGGUCUCUGGGCCAUUAAGCCCCAUACCCAGUGAGGCUUCAUUAAACAUUUUGAAAAAUGAUGUCUUACAAUUAAAGAUGCAAUUCCAGCCUUUCAUGAAACUUUCAGAAGGAAAACAGGGUGCUUUAUAUCAAGUGCUUCGUGAACUUCUGCUUCAUGAAGAAACAGUGACUCAGUUGGAGGAUGUGUUGGACAAUAUAUGCUCAGAAGACAUUCCAAAAAACUUAGUACUGAAGGAGUUACAGCUGCCAAAGGAACAAAAUGCAGAAGAGUUCUUACGGCUUAUGGGAAUCAAUUUACAGGAUGAAAAGUUGAGGGACUGGCAUCAAAAUCAGGAGCUCCUUUUAGCUGCUCACAUCCUCCUCAGUGCUGUUGCAGAGCUGUCGGAUUAUGCGCUUGUGCUGCUGUGGGCCUGCUGUGACCUCCAGGUUGUCCCUGCCCUGUGUUGCUUGCCUGAUAUGACCUCCCCAGAUGGUACACUGACAUUUGCAGACCCGGUGCUGGCUCCACUCACUGACACCGGAAGGUUUCACCUAGUGCAAAGGCUGUUUGCUUCAUCAAACAUUAACCUUGAAAUGACAGAGUCGUCCAUCAGAGCUGUAACCAUGAAGAAACCCCAAUUUUUACCAAUAAUUCUUUACAUAGCAUUGAAUGGACUCUGUGCAUUGGGCUGGAAAACAGCUCAGGGGUGAAGAAGCAGCUGUACUGUUUAAGACCACUUGAUUUAUAAGGGUCAAACUGGGCUAGUUUGCGGCAACUGAAACCAGAGCUGUAGGGAGUCUAGGGGCAUUGGGCUUUGCUGAGAGCUGAAACUAUGUACAAAUGAAUAAAUAUUUCAAAUGCAGUGUAAGGAUGCUUGUAUGGAGCAAAUCUAUAUAAAUAUGCUUUUACAUACAUCCAUUCACUGUCCUCUGUUGUUGUUCUACAUGAGACAAAAUUGCACUCUUCUUAAGAUCUCUGUAUUUGGCCAGCUCAUGUCUGUACGUACAACAUUCUUUGAGAUGCAAUGUAUUUUUAUCACGGACCCAGUUCUCCUUUGUGCUACAUGCUGGCAAGUUAACUGCUGCCUCCCUUCUCUUCCCCUACACAUGCACAGCCCAAUCCUGUGUAUAUUCAUUCAAAAGCGUAUCCCUAAUUUCAAUGGAGGCAUCCUCUUCUCUUUAUAGAAUGUGAGCAGCAGUUGAUGUACAAAUUCCACUGAUCUAGUACAGUUCCCAUAUUAUCGUAUUUUCCUGAUUGUUUUCUUCCUCUUUCCCCCAGCACAAAGGAGGAGGCUAGGAAAGGAAUAGCCCUAGAAAAGCACAAAGAACAUUUUGACAGGCUUUUAAAGGGGAAGAGGAGCAAUAUGGGCAGCUUCCCACCCCAAAGUGUUGCUAAGUGAAGGCCUUUAUGGUCAACCAGCUCUAAACUACCAGGUGUAUUAAAGAAAGAAAGGCAGUACUAAUAUACUACUAAAAUAGAUAUUAUAUGUUAAACUAUAAAAAACCUAAUAUCAAAUUAACAAUUACAACAUGUUUCUAUAUAUUAGAAUGAAUAAGAAAAGAAAAAGAGAUAUAAGCAGUAGAUUUAGACAGCGAGUUGGAAAACUGUUGGAAGUCUGAGAUAAAGGGGGGAGGGGAAAGGGUGGGAGAAUAUGGAAAUGAGGGUAUUAAUCAAAAAAUUGGUAAUAUUAAAUUUUACUCACCCAAUAAAAACCUUUUUAAAAAAGAAAGAAAGGCAGUAAAGGGAUGGAAUUAGGGAUGGAAAAUGUCUGGAAAUUUUAAAGCCCUUUUUUGUAUUUUUACCCUGGGGAAAAAAAGGAAAAAGGGGCAGGAUUGAAAUAUAUGUAAUAUUUACUUUCUUAUCAAACCUAAACUGCUUUGACUGAUUUAAGAUAAAAUAAAUCAUUUAUAAUGUA